UAGCAGCAGCAGCAGCAGCAGCAGCAGCAGCAGCAGCAGCAUCACCAGCAGCAGCAGCAGUAGCAGCAGUGAAGCCUGGCUUGCCAAGGUUGACACCAAAACGUACAUCUGGCCAGCCAAUGGAGCAGGCUAAAUGGCUGCGGCUGCAGUUUGUUCCGGACUCGAAGAGCGCCGUGAUGUUCAGCGACAUCGAAGGCUUCAUCAAGCGACAGUUUGGCGGCUUUGCACCGACGGGGGUCAACCUGUCCAAGGUCGUGGCCCUCGCCUUCCCCAGCGUGACCUUGAAGCAGCAGAGACUGUCGCCGGGCAACUACCGCUCGUUCUUUCACGGCAUCGCUCCGAGGUCAACAGCUUCAGUUGAACACGCACCAGCUCUCAAAGAUUCCUCACACGCCUCAAAGGGGCUGAUACCCCGCCUCCUGCCCGGGGCAGGUAGCAACACCGCCGUCACCGUGGCAACAAUGCGAAGCUCGGCAGUGGCAGGUAGUAACACCGCCGUCACCGCGGCGACAAUGCGAAACUCGGUGACGGUGACUACCGGGGCGUCGAUGGCGGCGGCGGCAGCGUUGUCCCGCACGAAGCAGGUUCAGGAGGUGAUCCUGCUGGACAAUGAGGAGGAUAGCGAUCAGCAGACACCGCGAGGAAACCGCAAGCAGCGCUUCACUGCCCAGCAGGUGCUGGGCGGCGACGAUGGCCCCAGAGCAGGAAUACCCAAGAGCAAUAGUCCCACUGCUGCACUGACCUCUCCCGUCAAGGGAACAUUCUACUACAGCCGCAAGCAAGGCGACCCGAACCAUGUCGAUGACACGUUCUGCACGUCAAUAAAGUGCUACCUGUGUACAAAGGAGUUCAGCAACAACGUCAGCUUCAUGCAGCACUGUCUGGGACACAUCGAGCGUGACCAGUCACGUGUCAUCGACCUGUCUGAUCUCACGACGUGCAAACAGUGCCACCAACACUUCGAGACGCCGUUCGACCAGCAGAAUCACGUCGACGAGGUGCAUCGGCGGAAGAAGGUGCUGGCGACCACGUGUCGUAUCUGUGAGAAGGCGUUCUCCUCGCAGGAGAAGUUCGUGCGUCACAUGAGGAUGACACACGUUGAGGGAGAGAUGCCGUAUUACUGCAGUAGCUGCGGAUUCCGAUCCUCCUUCCACAGCGAUGUCCUCGACCACUUCAAGCGGGUACUGGAGAUCAUACAGUCUAUGCGGUUGAAGCCUGGAUUACGGACUGAUCAUACGCUUGGCAGCAGGAGCGCGGGCGGCGGCCGCAGUGACGUCAAGUCGCUCAACGUGACUCCCUCCAUGUGUAUGGACUACGCCGGCCUGAUUGUCAUCACCUACGCUGGCUCGCACUGCGUCGAGUGUUCGAACCCGAUGGAGAUGCGAAAUCACUUCAAGUAUUGA